AAGUAACAUUUGUCAUCGAGUACUGACUAGCAGCUAGCAUGAUGAUAAGAGACUGAUCCCGGCGGUUUGGGAGUUUCCUGAGUUUUAUAACUGUUGUUUGUAAGCUCAGGCAGAACAUCAGAACAAGUCUGGAUGUAUCCUUUUAUUUUAAUAUAGUAUUUUAAUAUAUUUUAAUAUUCUUACCCAGAUCCGUCUUGGUUCGCUACAGACAAGAGUGUUUACCUGUCUGAAAAGAUCUUUACACUGAGUUUAUCAUAGUCUGCUAUGAUAGGGAACAUAUUUGCUGGCAUACUCAGUGGCUUACAUUAUUCUUUAAGGUCAUCUUGUACAUAAUAUGUACAUUUUAAUACUGGGAGCUGUCAUUGUGGGUUAUUGGCCUAUGUUACAGGUUUCACAUGUACUUGGUUGUGCUAAAUUGUUGUAUUUUUUUUUUUUAACUGUGCCCUUCCAGGCUCAAGCAGAUGGUGAUCAAUCCACACAUUCCAUAAUCCCAGCAAUAAAAGAUUUUUCAAAACGACAAACCGUUUCCUAUGCAGUGGACAUAGUUGGAGACAAGCAGCUUGUCACACUGAAACGGCACAUAUUAUGCUGAGAGAGUCAAACAGUUAUCAAAAUGGACCAGAGGUUGUUACUGAGAGUCAUCAUCGCUGAAGAUGAUAUAAGGAAGUUGACUUUAAAUAAGAGACCACAGUCCAUUGAAGAAUUCAAAGUGCAACUGGUGGAUAAACUGUCACUGCAGUAUGACUUUAAACUGCAGUAUGAAGAUCAAGACUUCAAUAAUGCCCUCUGCAAUUUGACUGAAAUAACUGAUUUACCUGAAAGAGCUACAGUCAAAAUCAUCCCUCUUGUGGCUCUCCAUUUAACAGCAUUGUCAUCACCCACCACAACAUCAGACACUGAGGGCAGCACAGCAGACACUGAGAUCCUGUCGCCUGUAGGAGCAUCACCAUCGCUAAGACAACAGUGGCCAGAGUUCUUUGACAUACCCAAUUUCUCAGUAGAUGUUGAGUAUAGGCUCAGACAGGCAGAUCUUGCCUAUAUGAAAGAUGAAACACAUAUGACUCUACCACGAGAUAUGAAGCAUGACAUACUAGAAAAGCUUGCUGAGACGAUGUACAGUUUCAAGGCUUACCCUGACGAUGAUAACUUCAGCAGUGUUGCAAAAGCACUGAUUAGCAAACACCCCUGCCUCACUGAGCCUGGACCACACAGAUGGUAUGGCUGGAAAAAUAGCCUUAAAUUUAAGAUGGCCAAUUAUCGCACAAAGCUUCGAAAAGCUGGAUGUGAGGAUGUAGCAAUCAAUGGAGGCAAAAGAAGUAAAGGCAACCCAGAGGGAGAAUCCUCAAGCAAGAAUAUCAAGCGGCCAAGAAGAGGUGAAGCAAACUACCUGCCUAACUUACCUGAAGGACAUGAUGAAACAAGUCUAGAAAAUGCCAGAAUGGUUUUAGUGGAAGAAAUGAAGAAAAAACAACCAAAUGGCACUCUCAUUUCACAAAUGAUGGACCAAUCAUUCCCACUACGCAGACAAGAAAUUGUAAAAAAGGUGCCUGCUGUACAGAACAUGGUUGAACGAUGGCCAGCACUCUUCAUAGAGAGACAGGUGUUUGCUGAGUUUAAUAGAAUCGCCAGUAAGAAUCUUGAGGGAGACUUCUUUGAGGCUCUGGACCAGUAUGCCCCACGUUUCAUUGAACUUUUCAAAACAAAAAAGGGAACUGUUGGCCAGAAACUCAGGGAGCUGAUGCAGCACAUAAGCUGGAUGACACCAGACGUCAUAGUACUUCGCUCUGUUGUCCUCAAAGGCAUUCCCAUUUUACUCGGUGAUGACUCCAGUGAAUUCUACAAGACCUGCUCUGAUACAGAGAGAGACAAGGUCCUAGAAUCCAUCACUGUUGGUGUGCUGACAGUUGUCAGUGAAGAUAAUCCUCACGAGGGUCAAAGCUCAGUGGACCUCCAGCCCAUCUCCACUGCCAUCAUUCUGGAGGGAGUUAUUGUCAUGGAUCAUAUUAAAAACUUGCCUCAGGCAGUUUGUCUUUUGUUUGGUCUUACAUAUGCAUUGCAUUUGGAUUACCCAAAAUGCAUGGCAAAUACUCUCAACUUCAUUCAGACUGUGAUGCUUGGACUGGGAAAGAAAAACCUCCCACCAAAACUGUUAACUCUGAAGAACAGUCUUCUGGGUUAGAACAGUAAAGAGCCGUCGGCUGUCAGAUAGCACUUUGUAAGCUUUGCAGCCAUUAAUGUUCUCCUCUUAUCAGAGAAAGUUUGAUGCUUUCAUGCAACUGUUCUCACUAAUUUACGUUCUCAAAGGAAAAAAAAAGAAUAUUCCAUUAAAGUCUACCAUGUUAUGAAGGUAUGCUAAUGAUGGAAAUAAUGCCACGUUGUGUUGCAAUGAGUUGUUAGUUGUUAUUAGAUGAUAAUGUCAGAAAAUAACCUAGCAAGGUUAUCCUGUUUACAUUUGUGUUUUGGGAAAACUUUUCAUAGUUGUAAUGUAGUACAAACACAAACUCCAAGGAGUGAUGUUUUUAUUUGUGUUGGUUUAAUCCUUUGACUGCUCACUUUGGGAAACAAAAGCAUUUG